AUGGUUACAUUUUCUAUCCCCGGCGACAAUGAGCUCGCUGAGGCUGGCAAAAGCACGCCUCGUCCUCGUCCUGCGCUACCUUUUGCCAAGCGCGGCUACGUCUCAACGCCGUUAAGAAACAGUCGUCUUGGAGUUCCUCAGAGUGCGCCGUCGCGAAGGUCCUUGGUGCCUCGCGACGACCAGCCUGCAAGCAGUCUCAACCGAUCAAUCUCCACUGCCCGCAAUAUCUUCCGGGCCUCUACAACAUCCGACAGUCCUUCCGUCACUCCUUUUUCUCCAAGCAUUCCUCAAAGCACCCCAAAGAAGGUGUUCGCUCCCGGCGCUACCCCCGAGCCGAACCGUGUCAUUCGAGAGUCGACCGCACAGGCUACCCCUCGGGGCAUGGCAGCCAAGACUACUUCCAAAGAUCUUUUCCAUAUGCGUAUAGAGGAUCCCGAUCCUGAGUUGUCCGGAGAGGUUCUUACGAGGAAGAUUCCCCAAGACUGGAACAACAAGGGCUCUAUCUACGCCGACCAAUUCCUCUCGCAUCUCUGCCCUCCCGAGUUUGACGAUGAGCAGCGACGGCAAUUCUUCUGUAUCCUCGAUCUUCGACGACUCAAAUACGCAGCCAACGAGAUCUUCUCCAACAAGGAUUGGAAGCUUAAUGUCAUCAACUUUGCAAAGGAGUUUGAGAAGAGCAGGAGCAUCAUUCUUUUGCGAUAUGGCCUCUACGAAUUUCAAAAUGUCAAGCCCUCAAAGGAUGUUCUCAAGAGAUGGCGUCGUGAGCAUGGUCUUCCUGAGCCAGAGGAUGAGAACGACGAGCCCACUCCUACCAAGGUCACUGCACCCAAGAAGCGCAAGGCGGAUGAAGAGAUGACCAAGGACACCGAGAUGAACGGCGUUUCUAACAAUAACAAGCGACGCGCUCCCGAGCCUGAAGAGAAUGUCCAGGAGCAACAAGCGCCGGCGCCAACUCCUGUCCCUGUUCCUGCAUCUACCCUGGGCAAGAAUAAGCGACGGUCGUCGGUCAGUGAUGAAGGCGAUAGCCAACCAUCCAAGAUGCAAAAGGGAACUGCAUCUGCUGCCAAGUCACUUUUUGAGAAGAUUGCCAACAAAUCAUCUACGACCCCUGUCGGCUCUCCCUUAAAGCCUUCAACUAAGUUUGCCGACGACAACGCUGCUGCCAAGCCAAACCCCUUUGCUUUCAACAAAACCAAUGGCUCCAGUAGCUCUCUUGCUCGCAGCAUUUUCCAGAACCCUAAGCCUACCAGCGCUGCUGGUGCUUCUGGUGGCAACAUCUUUGGUUACCUUUCUGAUGCAAGCUCAGCCAAGAAUAGCGGUGUUGAUGCUGAUGCCGAGAGCGAGGCUGACUCCGACGCUGAGGAUGAUAGCCAGGGUGACGAGCCAAGCGCAGCAGCUAGCGGCGCCGACACGGCUUCUCAGGCUGGCAAUGGUCUGUUUGGCCAAAAGACUAUUCCUGCGAGUGGCCUGGCUGCUGGGUCUAGUGCUCCUGGUACUAGGGAAAGCACUCCUGGUCGAAGUCUGUUUGACCGCGUUACAAAGGAUACCGACGGACAGCCCAUCCGUGCUGACGAUAAGGUUGAGGCAGCAGCUGAGAAGCCUGCCACGAAGCCUGUCGACCAAACCUGGAACCCUAGCACUACUCCCAUCAAGUUUGCUCCAUCUGCCCCUGCCUCUACAGGCCAGGCUGGUUCUCUCUUUGGAAAGGCUACUACAGCGCCAACAAGCUCUUUGUUUGCCAACAAGCCCACCACUACAUCUAACCUGUUCGGUGCCGCCAAGCCUGCCGAGAAGGCAUCAACGCCCUCAUCGGACCAAGCCGACAAGACUGGAGGCGAUGAAUCCGACAAGGAGAAUGAUGAAGCUCCCAAGAAGUCCAUGUUUGAGUCCAAGACACCUGCUGCCCAGCCGAGCUUUGGGUCCCUUUUCUCCAAGCCUGCUACUGAGCCUGCUAAGACGUCGGAGCCGGCUAAGCCUGUCACCAACCUGUUUGGAGCUAAGCCAGACGAGAAAGCAACAACUGCGCCCACUACCAAUAUCUUUGGUGCUGUAAGCAAGCCUGCUGCGUCCAGCGGGCCUGCAAUGCAAUCAUCAACGUUGUUUGGAGCCAAGCCCUCUGGGGAUGAAAAGCCAGCUACUACCGAAGCGCCCAAGACAUCGCUGUUCGGUGCCCCUAGUACCUCAGCGACAAGCGGCGAGUCGACGACUACCACCUCCUUGUUUGGUGCAAAGCCCACAAGCACCACCAGCAAUCUGUUUGGAAAUGCUUCAACACCUACUGCUGCGCCUUUGUUCGGUGCUCCUAGCUCUGGCGAUGCAACCGCGGCCAAGAAGGAUGCUCCUGCAGCAGACAAGCCCGCAGCAGCCCCUAUCUUCAGUUUUGGAGCGGCCUCCAAUGGUGCUGAUAAGCUUAACGGUGCUGCAAAGCCUCUGUUUGGUGCGCCCCAAUCUCCUAAGCCUUCUGGAGCAGCCGGGCUUGAUGGUAGUCCCAUGAAGCAGGAUGAGCCGUCGCCGGCUAAGAGAGCGUUCAACAUUAACGGAGGAACUGCAUCCGGCGCGUCCGCACCCAUCUUCAGCUUCGGCGCUUCAACCACCCCUGCUGCUCCCCCUUCAUUUGGUGGUGGUGCUUCAGGCACUUCCACACCUUUGUUUGGCGGUGCUUCUACGACUCCUGCUGCUAACAACGCAGGCGCGUCUUUCGACUCAAACUCCUCUGCAUCCGGAAGUUUCGGAUUCCAGUUUGGAGGUAACUCGGCUUCUUCUUCGUUCAAUAACCCCUUCUCGUCUGGUAACAAUGGAGGCGACUCGGGUGCUGCCCCAUCAUCUGGAGGCAUGUUCAACUUUGGAGCAUCUGCGGCCCCCUCCGGAGGUUCCUCGCCUUUCCAAUUUGGCGGUGGCAGCAACAACACAGCCGCACCAGCCUUUGGAGCAAACAAUACUCCCGCUUUCGGAGGCGCAUCUGGAUCUUCUGGGGCACCAGGAUUCAGCUUCACCGGAGCCUCACCAGCACAAAACUCGACACCGACAUUUGGAUCCAAUCAGUCUGCUCCGGCCUUUGGCAACAGCAACCUUCAACCGCCUGCUGGUGGUUCUACCACUGGGACCAACACACCGUUCAGUCUUGGGGGAGGCUCUAGCCUGGCGACUACACCAGCUGCCGGGACCCCGGAACCAUCCACCCAGGCCGGAGGAACCGCCGGAGGCGAUGAAGAAGGCGAGAAGCACGAGCAGGUUAACUUGGCCGAGAACCUGGAGCAGGAUGAAGAUGUUAUGCACGAUGUACGAGCAAAGGUGUUGAAGUUUGUGCCGGCCAGCGAGAAGUCGGACGACAAGAAGCCCAAGUCUCAGAGUCCAUGGUCUACACAGGGUGUGGGCGCUCUUCGAUUGCUCAAGCAUAAGGAGACUAAUGUUGUACGUCUUCUGUUGCGAGCAGAGCCUCGUGGACAUAUCGCCAUGAACCGAGCUGUUUUGGCCGAUAUGUCAUACACGGCCGACAAGAAGUAUGUCAAAAUGACUACAUCGAAUGAGAAGGGAGAUGGACUUGAGACAUGGAUGAUUCAGGUUAAGACCGCGGAUAUGGCUAAGGAGCUUGCAGAGGCAUUGGAGAAAAACAAGGUCCAUAAUAAGAAAAAGGCGACACUAUUCGCUGAUCGGCCCUUGACAAUAUGCCCAGGGAAAUUAUCACGAUCCAAGCCGGACAGUGCGGCAACAGCAGUCAGUUCUAUCUCCCCCGCUACCGUCCCUGUAAACCACACACCGCAUGUAUCUACGUCUGCGGUGUGCCCAUGGCCUUCCUUUCUGGCUCUCUACUCAAUCCGAUAUACAUACAAACAUUGGCCGUGGCUGACUCUCCUCCCACCUAUAGUUGGAAGCCAGUUCUGGCAGCAACUUUGCCAGGAACAUGGUAUUAGCCAAGACGGAAACCUCGAAGACUUUGCGACCGAGGGCGGCGAUCGAAAAGAUGUGUUCUACUACCAGAGUGACGAUACACGAUAUAUUCCUCGAGCAAUCCUGAUAGAUCUGGAACCUAGGGUCAUCAACGGUAUCCAGACAGGGCCUUACAGAAAUAUUUACAACCCCGAGAACUUCUACGUUGGUAAAGAUGGUGUCGGUGCUGCCAACAACUGGGGCGAUGGUUACCAGAGUGGCGAGGCGGUGUAUGAGGACAUCAUGGAGAUGAUUGACCGGGAGGCUGAUGGUAGUGACUCUCUCGAGGGCUUCAUGAUGCUUCACUCAAUUGCCGGCGGAACAGGUUCGGGUCUUGGUUCAUUCCUUCUUGAGAGGCUCAAUGACCGAUUCCCUAAAAAGAUCAUACAGACAUACUCAGUCUUCCCGGACACGACAAAUGCAGGCGAUGUCGUCGUGCAUCCUUAUAACAGUAUCCUUUCUAUGCGAAGAUUGGUUCAAAAUGCCGAUUCAGUCGUCGUUCUAGAUAACGGUGCUCUGUCACAUAUUGCUGCUGACAGGCUACAUGUUCAGGAGCCAUCUUUUCAACAAACAAAUCAACUGGUCGCCACUGUCAUGUCAGCCAGUACAACAACUCUACGAUAUCCCGGUUACAUGCACAACGAUCUUGUCAGCAUUCUAGCAUCUCUGAUCCCAACUCCUAGAUGCCAUUUCCUUAUGACUGCCUACACGCCAUUUACUGGUGAUCAGGUCGAGCAAGCCAAGACGGUCCGCAAAACGACAGUGCUUGAUGUGAUGCGACGGCUGCUCCAGCCUAAGAACCGCAUGGUGUCAACAGUUCCUGGCAAGAAGAGUUGUUACAUCUCCAUUCUCAAUGUCAUUCAGGGUGAGGUUGAUCCAACGGAUGUUCACAAGAGUCUGCUUCGUAUUCGAGAACGACGUCUGGCUACGUUUAUCCCUUGGGGACCUGCAAGUAUCCAAGUCGCUUUGACGAAGAGAAGUCCAUACAUCCCCAUGAGUCACCGUGUAAGCGGUCUUAUGCUUGCCAACCACACGAGCAUCGCAACGCUUUUCAAGAGAAUUCUAAGACAAUACGACGGUAUGCGCAAGCGCAACGCUUUCAUGGAAGGAUACAAGAAGACAGCACCCUUCUCCGAGAAUCUCAACGAGUUCGACGAGGCACGGCAAGUGGUAGCAGACUUGAUUGGCGAAUACGAAGCUGCUGAAGAUGCGGAUUAUCUCAACCCAGAUGCAGGGGAGAAGCCAACGUCUGCGGAGACAGAUCGACGAGUAGCGUGA